AUGGCCUCGGCUCUGGGUCGGAUCCUAGUGAUGCCCGGCUUCUUCAAGUUUCCGCACCCAGAGGCCUAUGCGGGCACCCAGUGGGUUCCCUUCCGGGAACUCUUCGACUUGGAAGCGAUACGGCGUUGCUAUGGGCGCGUAGUGGAGGUAGAGGAGUUGGUGAAGCUGUGCGGCCCAGAGGUCUUGGACAAUCAUGUCACCGUGCCGUUCGAGGAGCUUUGGGCGCGCAGCAAGAGGAAGGCCCCGUGGCUGAAUGGAACACGACCAGAUAUGAUCUGGGCCGAUUCUGCCGGCAAGGUCUUCCGUUUCACCUCGCGAGCGACAGGACCGGAACUGUGGCUGAAAGUCGAGGAACGGAGAGGCUACGUCCUGGCAGCUUUCUUGAGACCGGAAGCCGCCGAGGCACGCACUGUCCGUGCGCACGGCCUCCUUGCAUCCAACAGCACCAUCGGGGAUGUGGCAGACUGCAUCCUUCCUUCGAAGGCGACCUUGGCGUUGGCCCAGAGAGUCGCCUCGAGAGCCGGCCUUCUCGAAGGAGGAAACGAGACCCCACGGGUUCUGGCGAUGCACGUGCGUGUCUUCAAGUGGAGCACCUCAACCUCCGGGGGCCACCUGAUUCCGGAGCUCGCGGACAUGCAGGAGUAUCUCUGUAACAUCGAGCCGGAGGUCUAUGCCGUGAUCGCGUCGUGGACCCUCGUUCGGACGUUCAAAGGCUUCUGGCCCACGCACACUUGGCUAGCCAGCAACGAAGCGGAUAUCUCUGUGCUGGGUGAGUAUGCUGGAGGCUUGCCCGGCGUUCGUGUCAACCCGUAUCGACCUUCGCAUCAUGAUGCGGCAGUAACUGCGGAGGAAUGUACCCUAGCGCUUCGGUCCGUCUUGGUCGACACCAUUAUUUCUGCUUGGGCGGACUUCUUCAUCGGGAACGUCUGCUCCACGAUGACGCAGUACAUCUUGCAGCUGAGGCUGCGCUAUGGCAAGUCCUUCACGAGCUCCCUUGCCCUCGGAGGGGUGCAGCAUGUCGACCUUUUACGCUCGGCACGCCGGCAAGUAGCGGAAGCUUACGGCACUCCUCAGUGA